AAUUUUGUAAUAAAUUCAUUGCAAAAUGACAAUACAAAUAGACAAGAAACAUUUACUGACGUUUAUGCGUUCAGAAAAUGAAAAAAUUAUGGAUUUAUUGUUGACUUUCAAUGUACCCGAUUCUAUUGAAGCCGAUGACACAGAUGACUAUCUCCUGACAACAAGUAAAACUGUUGCUGCCAAAGCAUUUCCCAAUAAGCAAAAUGCCGCCUCCGAUUCAAUUGAUGAGUUGCAGCAACGUCUGGAUCGUAUCAAAAAUAAAAUGAAAACCAAAAAGGGACCACAAUCGGAAAAGGCCAAGAAAAAGAAGGAAGCCAAGAAACUCAAGAAAAAUAAGGAGUUCAAAAAGGUUCUCGUCACCGCUGCCAAGUCCAUUAAAAAUCAACAAGCCAAACUCGGCGAAGAAAACGAUGAUGAGAAGGAAACGAAAAAAGAUAUUAAACCUGUGGUGCCCAAACCUGUCUUCAAUGAAGAGGGUAAAAUUGUAUUCUCUAAAUUCGACUUUGCCCAAAAGAAAAAGAAAUCCCACAAAAAUCCACGUGAAAUCCUGCGCGAAAUUAAGGCAACCGACAAAAAGAUAAAUGAAUUAAAAGAAUCGGGUGAAGUGGAAAAAGCACUGGAAAUCAAAAACGAACUGGCGUGGAAGAAGGCAUUCGAUAAGGUUGAAGGUAAAAAGGUUAAGGAUGAUCCAAAGUUGUUGUACAAGGCCAUCAAGAAACGUAAGGUGGAAAAGAAGAAGGCCAAGAAACAAUGGACAGAACGUAAGCAGAAGGUGGAGAAGGAUAUUGCUGCCCGCCAAAAGAAACGUCAAGAGAAUUUGGACAAACGCUCGAAGGAUAAGCAGAAAACUAAACUUAAGAAGGCUGCAAAGAAGGGUAGAGUUAUACCAGGAUUUUAAUAAAAUUUUAGGUUUUAGUAAAAAAAUUAAAAAAA